UGUCCGUAUCACGUUGCGUUUUGCAGAUUUACAUCUUGUAAUAAAAUCGGUAUCGGAUUUUCAUUUCGUUUUGUUGCAAAAAGUUUGAAAAAAAAAUCAAGUCGUGACCUCGUUCUUGUUAUCGUUGCAGCUGUUGGUACCUUAAAUUGUUAGCGAGAGAUAUCGGAGAAUCGUUGUGUCAUUUGAUUGUUGUUGCGAGAAAAAUAUAUAUUUUGUAACUUGUGACAUUGAGGCGAGAGAAAAGAAGAUGCUUGUGCGCGACUCCGGAUGAGAGUGGAUCAUCGCGACUGGACCGUUCGUCUUUCCUCUCAGUUGCAGCUAUUUAACUGUCAUGUGUGCAUCUCUUUAGGCAGAUAUAAUGGUGACGCUUUGCUAGGACUCGAUCGCCGCAGUGCCGAUUUCGUCUAUCAUACUUCCAAUCGAUAAGCAACAACACGUGGAGUAAAUAUAGCGGAGUCACAUCUUUGUCGGUCGAGAUGACGUGCGACGACAGCUGCUGUCAGGAUGAGGUCGAGACGUCAGCGUCGGCGGCUGUGGAGAGCGACAGGCACGAUAUUUCUAAGGUGGAUGAUCGCUGCUUUGACGACGGCAACAUGAGUUCGCGCACGGAACACACGCAGUUAAAGAUGCACCGUAGGAUGCCGUUGACGACGCUCCUGCUCGUGCUGAUCCUAGCGGCGGGCGUGCUGGCGGGAAGCGAGGCGGCCUUCUGCCCGAACGGGUGUGACUGCGACGACGAGACCCUCGUGGUGUCGUGCAUCAACGCGAAACUCGACGUGAUCCCCAUCGCUCUGAACCCGAGCAUCCAGCGCAUCGUCCUGCGCGAGAACCAAAUCAAAAUUGUCGACGCGGCCUUCCAGUUCUACGGCGACUUGCGCAACGUCGACCUCUCGUUCAACCACCUCGUGACCAUACCCGACCGCAGCUUCGACGCCCAGAAGCAGCUGGUCGAGCUGCACCUCAAGCAAAACAAAAUCUCGGCCGUCACAGACAAGACCUUCUUUGGCCUCCAGUCCCUCACGGUCCUCAACUUGCGCAGCAACUACCUCGAGACCCUCACCAACGGGCUGUUCGCCUCGCUCGAGAAGCUCGAGGAACUCGACCUCGGCCGCAACCGGAUAUCCAACGUAGAGCCCGGCGCCUUCCAAAAGCUCGGCUCCCUGCGCGUCCUCUACCUCGACGACAAUCAACUGCAGAGCAUACCCUCCGCGGCCCUGGCGCCCCUCAACGCCCUCGCCGAGCUACACGUUGGCCUGAACGCCUUCUCCUCCCUGCCCGACGACGCGUUCAAGGGCCUCGAGCGACUUGCCGUCCUCGACAUAACGGCCGCUGGCCUGGACAACGUCAGCGACGACGCCUUCCGCGGCCUCGGCGCCCUCAAGAGCCUCAAGCUCAACGCCAACAAGCUGCGCGAGGUGCCCACCCGGCAGCUGUCGGCCCUCACCCGGCUCGAGGAGCUCACCCUCGGCCAGAACUUUUUCACGUCCGUGAGGUCGGGGGCGUUCCGGGGCCUGGCCAACCUUAAGAAGCUCGAGAUAUCGGGCGCCACCCUCCUCGGGACGAUCAAGCGGGGCGCCUUCUCGGACAACGGGAACCUCGAGACCCUCGUCCUGAGCAACAACAAGCGGCUCUCGGUCCUGGAGGACGGGGCCCUGGCCGGUCUGCCUAACCUACGCCACCUCAUGCUGCGCGACAACGACUUUGCCAGCUUCAGCGAGCCGCUGGUCGCUUGGAACGAGCUCAGGCGGCUCGACCUCAGCGAGAACCCCGUGUUCUGCGACUGCGGCGUCAUGUGGCUGGCGGACGUGUUGGCGCCCCGCAACUCGAGCCCCGUCAUUUGCGCCGAGCCGAAGGAGCUGCAAGGCAAGCCGUUGCGGGGCAUGCGCCCGGACGAGCUGGGCUGCGCGUUCUCCGAUCCCAGGAAGCAAGCCCUCCUGGCGACGCUGUGCGCCGCUGGUGUGGCCUUCUUCGUGGGCGCCGUCUUUGUGCUGUACUAUCGGUGCAAGCGCCGGGUGCGGGACGCCUUCAAGGACUACGAGUGGAAGAACCGCACGAUAUCGCGGAAGGAGCACGAGUACCAGAAGACCUUCUCCGAGGACGAGUACGUGGUUAGGGCGGCUCACGCGGCAGCGGCUGCCGGGCACCAUCAUCACCACCAUCACCACCAGCAGCACAACAACAACAGCCACCUGAACAACCACCUGAACAACCCGCACUCGUCGCUCCACUUGCACCAGCAGCAGCAGCAGCAGCAGCAGCAGCACCACAUCACCUCCGGUGUGAAGCCAAUACCGGUGACGGAGCUGUAGCUAGAGCUCCGGGCAGCGAGCCCAAACAGUAGCGGUGUCCACCACGGCGGGGGAGGAGGCGUCUGGUUCCUGCCCCAUGGU